CUUUCUCCUCGGAUCCAUCAAUUGUCGUGGGCAGUUCCUCGACUUAUGCUAGGCCUUACUCGGAUAUUUCUCUGAUGUCUAUAACUAUAGGAUGGUGGCAAUCGGUGGCCUGGGCUAUUAGCAGAGCGGUGAGUUUAGCAGAGCG